AUGUCACUGACUCUGCUGCUCUUCACCCUGGAGCUCCUGGUUCAGGCUUCAUCAGAAGAACUGCUGACUCAGACUCCCGGAGCUCUGUCUGUAGUUCAAGGACAGACUGUCUCCAUCAGAUGUAAAUCUAGUAGAAGUAUUAGCUACCACUUCAACUGGUAUCUUCAGAAACAAGGAGAAGUUCCCAAGUUUUUAAUUUAUGCUACAAGCAAUCGUCAGUCUGGAGUUUCUGAUCGUUUCAGUGGAUCAAGCUCUGGAUUAGAUUACACUCUGACCAUCAGUGGAGUUCAGCCUGAAGAUUCAGGAGUUUAUUACUGUGAGACUGGCUAUGACAUCAACACAUAUAAAUUAAUUGUGUCAUCAUUUGAGCUUGUUUGUUUCAGAGUCAGAGAGCGUGUCUCUGUACAGUCAGAGGUUUUUGUACGAUGCUUCAACCAGUUUGUAUCACUGUGGUGGACUUUUGGUGGAGGAACCAGACUGGAGUUUGGAAGUGACACCAGUCCAUCCCUGACCGUGCUCCUCCCCUCCAAGGAGGAGAAGCAGCAGGGAAAUGCCACACUCAUGUGUGUGGCCAACAAGGGCUUCCCCUCAGACUGGACUCUGUCCUGGAAGGUGGACGGCUGCAUUAAGAGCAGCAACUGGGAGGAGAGCAGGAGCCCCGGGGUGCUGCAGAAGGACGGCCUCUACAGCUGGAGCAGCACCCUGAGGCUCUCUGCAGACCAGUGGGAGAAGGUGACCUGUGAGGCCAAGAGAGGAUCCCAGACUGCAGUCUCAGAGACUCUCAGGAGAGACCAGUGCUCCCAGUCCUGAAACAUUCUGGCUGUAUUUCUUUGAGACGUCUUUUUUUUUCUCAUUCUUUCCUAUUUACUCACAAUCUUUUCUUUUAAAGAUGUUUCUAAAUUUUCAUUAGUAAUCUUUUUCAGAAUUUAAAAUGUUUUUUGCAUCAAUAAAAAUACAUUUAAUGAUUGAAAAAUGUGACAUUUUUUUAAUCAGGUUGGAGUAUGACUAUAUAUAAAACAAAUACAAGAUUUUUUUUUGAGAAAACGAUUUAUUGAUGAGGUGAAGUCCAGAAAUUGGCAUGGCAGGUGUUCAGUGCUCUCCAAAAGUUUGGCCAGGCUGGAAAACUAAUCAGACUAAAUAAAAUCAGACCGGAAUUGUGCUCAAUAGCACUAAAGAUCAGCUGAAAGACUAUUGAGUAGAGGCUGGGACAAGAAAAAAGAAAAAAAAAAAGUUCUUAAAUACAGCACAGGUGAGUAAAGAUGGUUCUAGGUAUGUCAGGAGUCCUCACCAUUAACCCAGUACACCUAUGCAGACUUAACAAAAAAAAAACAGAAAGAGGCCAUAGGAAAGCACUACCAGAAAUGACCAGAAGAGGGAGACAGAGUGACAGGGACCUAACAAACCAUAAUGCAAAGUCUGACAAAAGUGUUUUGGUUAUUUUUCUUUAAUACAAUGUUGAAUUUUUAUUUGACGGAAAGAGCAAAAACAUGUUUGAUGUUUAAAUAAAUCAAGAGAUGGGUCAAUAAACUUUAAUUAAUAUA